GCCGGACUUCUGUCCCGGAGCCCGCCCGGCGGGGAGGCCGCUUCCCGGGAAGGCCCGGCCCCUGAUCCUGCCCGGCUACGUGCAGGCGGCCGUGGCCGGAGCCGCGUUGGCGCGGGGAGGAGGAGGAGGAGCGGGGCGGCGCUUGGCCGGGAUAACGGAGGAGGAGGAGGAGGAGGAGGCGGGCGGCGCCGUCCCCGGGGAGCGCUGGCCGUCGUCGCCGGGGCCGAGGCGAGCAAGGCGGCCCCUCGCAGGUGAGCAGAGCCCCGCCGGCAAGCGCCCAUCGGCUCCCCGCGGCAGGUGAGCGGCGGGACCGCCGACCGGGGAGCCCCUCGGGGAGAAGGGCGGGCGGGCGGCGGGGCGGCGCUGUGCCUUCACCCCCAAAGCCCCGCGGGAGCCCAGAGAGCCCGCGAAGCCGCCAGCCGCCCUUGCCGGGCCCCACGAUGGCCUCCCGCCUUCUGCACCGCCUGCGGCACGCGCUGGCCGGGAGCGGCGAGGCGGAGGGGCCGGCCGGGGGCUGCGCCGGGGCCGAGGACUGUCCGGAGAGCUCGGAGCUGGACGACGACACGGAGGGCCUGGCCACGCGCCUCAGCGGCACCCUCAGCUUCAGCAGCAAUGAGGACGAGGAGGAGGAGGAGGAGGAGGAAGGAGGGGGCUGCCAGCCGGGAGCCCUCCUGGAUCUGCACCUGCCCGGAGACGCGGCCGAGAUGGGAGAGUCCGACUCCCCCCUGGCCGAGCAAAGGGGCAGCCACCUGCUCACCCGCCAGUUGCAGGAGUUCUGGCGGAAAUCGCGGGGAAGCUUUGUGCCCCAACGCCUCCUGUUCGAGGUCACCAGUGCAAGCGUGGUCAGCGAGCGCAACUCCAAGCACGUGCUCUACACCAUCUACCUGAUCCGGGCAGGGCAGUUUGACCACACCCCUGCCACCGUCGCCCGCUGCUACUCUGACUUUGAGCGGCUGAACCGACGCCUGCGUCGCCACUUCAGCACAGACAUGGUGGGGGUCUCCUUCCCCCGGAAGCAGCUGUGGCGCAACUUCACCCCUGCGACCAUCGCCAAGCGCAGCCGAGCCUUCGAACAGUUUCUCUCCCGCCUGCAUGCCUCGCCCGAGAUCCGCCGCUCGGCCGCCUUCCUGGAAUUCUUCUUCCUGGACAGCCUGCGGGGGGCGCAGGACUUGACUGCUAGGGGCCUCUACCCCCAGGCCUUGGCUGCCUGGACAGCCUCGCAGCGGCUGCAGGAGAAGCUGGGCGCCUGCCGCUCGGGGCAUUUCCUGCUGACGCUGGCCGGCCUGACCGUCUGCCAUCAAGAGCUGGAGCAGUGGGGGGAGGCCCACGAGGCCUGCCAGCAGGCCCUGCAGCAGCUGGAGGGCCAGGACAGCCACCCCCUCCUGGCUGCCCUCCUGCAGACCCACGUCCACCUGGCCUGGGUGCUGGGCAAGGACACGCAGCAGGCGGAGACCCGUCUGCGUGGCCUGCAGGAAUCAGCGGAGGGCCGAGAUCCAACCUCCCCUUUGAAGCAGCUGCUGCUCAAACAGACGCUGCCCUGAGGGCCUGCCAGCAAGUGGGGGCACCAGGUGAGAAGCAGGGGGGGGCGCGUCCCCGAGGCCUGCAGCAAAAGUCAGGGCCAUCCUACCCUUGUGAGCUCUGCGCCUCUUCUGGCCCAGCAGCCGGAUGCAGCUGGCCGGCCCGUUCGGAAGAGGCUUCUGGGACGCAGACCCACAAUCCCCCAAAUCCAUCCAAGAAAGUGAGGCAAUGCCGACGGCUGUGUUGGGGUGACAAAAGCAUCUGCAGGGGGGGGCUGGCAGAGGGGCGGCAGGGGCCCCUCCUGAGAGGCUCCCCACAGGCUCUUCUCGCCAGAUGGGGGAGGCCGUUAGGCACUGCCAAAGGUGGGAC